UCAGUGCACACAGAGUGUAUUCGAACUAACCAAUCACAUUGCGUAGAGCUUCAUGUACUGGCCAAUCGUGUAGUAAAAGGCGGGAUUUGUGAAUGAGCGGUAGAUGAAGAUGAAGAUGAAGGCGUUGACAUUAGCCCUGGUGCUGUACUCGUUGUUGAUGGCUGAGGCGGCGCGGAGCAGGAAGGAGUGGAGCGGCGGGAGCGGAGGAAGCAGCGGCGGGCUGAGGAGAGCAGCGAGCGGCGUGUACCAGAGCCUGAGCUCGGUGUUCGGGGAGGACAACAUCAAAGCCUUAUACAAGUUCUUCUCCAGAAGCACUGAGAGGUUUGUGCAUGGUGUGGACUUGCUGUUAGACACACUGUGGAGAAGCUGGACUGACCUGCUGGAUGCUCUGGGCCUCGAAUCCUCCACCCUGUCUCACUACUUCAGUCCGUCCUCGGUGUUGGGUUCUCCGUCUCGGGUGGUGUUGUUGCUGGGGGCCGUGUUUUUGGCAUACUGGUUCGUGUCACUGGUUUUGGGUGGAGUUAUGCUGGUUCUGCGGGCAGUGUUGGGUCGCUUCUUCUGGGUGGCGCGGGUGCUGUUCUUCGCGCUCUCGUGCCUGUACGUGCUGCAGAAGUAUGAGGGGGACCCCGAGAAGGCGGUGCUCCCCCUGCUGGUCAUCAUGGGCGUGUACUUCAUGACGGGGCCGGUGUCUGCGUACUGGAGGAGACAGGGUGCGUCCACGCUCGAGGACAAGAUCGACAACCUGGAGACGCAGGUACGCCUCCUCAACAUCCGCCUCAGCAGGGUGAUCGACAACCUCGAGCGCUCCGCCGACCAAUGAGGAGGUCUGCUUCUACAGGGGGUGGGUGGGGCUGGGGUCAGGGCGUGGUCCUUGUAGGGGUGGGCGGGGCUUGUAUCUGGACAUGGUUCUGGGUUUAAAGUUCCUGUUCUGUUUCUGUCCGUUUUUACACCAACACCACUCUAUGUUUUUUCAAAGUCUCCAGUUGCCAGGCAACUGGGCGAUAUAGAGGGCAUCCAUUAUACGUUAGCUAGCUGCAGACAGCGGUUAGCUUUUUAACAUGAAACCGAGUUCCUGUCUGAUGAAACCAGAGCAGAACAGGAAGAGUUUAACAACAGGAAGUGACACGUACAGCCGCGCGUGGUGAUAGCGGUGUUCUCAGUGUUACUGUUAAUCACAUGUUCGCUCAUCAUUAGACUGAUCCCAGACCUGCACUGGUACAUCAGCACUGUUACCCUGUUAGCAAUACACCCCUCUGUGUGCACGCGUGUGUGUGUGUGUGCGUGAGCGUGAGUGCGUGAGCGUGUGUGUGUGCGUGAGCGUGUGUGUGUGCGUGCGUGAGCGU